GUGGUGCUGCCGCCGCCGCCGCCGCCGAGCGCGGCCUGGGGGAAGGAGAAAAGAGAAUCACUCUGAUGGGCAGCUGAUACUUGGUGAAAGCCUUAUGCCCUGAAGCAUGAAGAGAUUAUGUGAGCUGCUGCAUUAGUAUUCUAACAUCUUGCACUGAGUACUCAUGGUAUGUCUGAAGGACAGAUCUCCUGUGUGUUCUGAAUGUACCAGGUUGUCCUCAUGAGUACUCCAGUGGAGAAUGUCCAUGAUCUUCUUUGCCUGUGUGGUGCGGGUGAGGGAUGGACUUCCCCUCUCAGCCUCCACAGAUUUUCAUUUCAACCAGGACUUUCUGGAGUGCAGAAAGAGAUUAAAGGCAUUGUCCUCAAUUCUGGCGCAGUAUCCAAGUCGAGGCACAGCAAAAGGACGUGACCUUAGCAUACAUUUCCUUUCUUCUGGGGAUAUUGCCUGCAUGGCAAUCUGUUCCAGCAAUUACUCAACCAUCAUGGCGUUUUGCUUCUUGGAAGAGCUUCAGUGGGAAUUUGCUGCUUCCUACGAUACAACAAGCAUCAGUUUAGCUUCCAGACCAUAUGCUUUUCUUGAAUUUGAUAAUGUUAUUCAGAAAGUGAAAUGCCAUUUUAACUGUGCAAGUGGCUCUCAAAUGAAGGCCAACUGGGAGAAGAUUGAGGAGGAGCUGAAGUUCCGGCCCCCGGUUCAGCUGAAACUAGAGGAUACAGAGCUGAUGAAUGGGAUAACAAAUGGUGGGCAUGCAGGUGUUCAUGUGGAGGUUGUCCCUACUUACAGAAUGCAACGUGUGACUCCCCUGGGGAUUCUGUCCCUUGUUCUGAACAUCAUGUGUGGAGCUUUGAAUCUCAUUCGAGGAGUUCAUCUAGCAGAGUAUUCAUUUCAGGAGGACCAUGAAGGAAUUGGAAAUGUGAUAGCUUUUUUUCUACCUUUUCUAGCCUGUGUUUUUCAGGGGAAAUUGGACUGGUGUGAAGAAGAAACUGGACCUAACCUCACCGCAAGCCUGCACAUAGCAGCACGCUGGAGAGGGCAGCAUGGAGACGUAAAGGAUAAAUGGAAGAAAAGGAGGCAGGGAAGAGCAGGAACCAGGACAAGUGGGACUGCAGGCUGGAUUGCACCCUGGUUACAUCUGCUCCAACGUCAUCCUAAUCUCCAGGGUGCUCCCCAGGGCACAUGGAGGGAGAGGUGACACUGGGUGCUUCUUCCUGGAGAAAUCUGUGCGUUGGCAAGAGGACGUGACACAGCUCAGUGCCGAGGCUGGGCCAGGUAAACAGGAUGGAUUUUGCCCAGCUUAAUCCCACAGUAAAUUUGCUGCUGUUGAGGGGUGGAGGGGAGCUGCCUGGCUGGGGAGAAGAGUCAUGUUGGUACCUACCUGAAGUUACUAUGUCUGAUAUCACUGUGUGCUCAGGAAUAGAAUUCUUUCCCAGCCAAAAAUACUAGGCUUUUUCAGCAAUUUCUUCCCCUAUAGUUUGGUGGUUUUUUUUUUUUUAAAUCUCUUAUGGAUCACUGCAUGGAGAGUGACCGGCUGUCAUGCACCAUGUCUUCGCUGGCAGAGACGGGCAGUUCUCAGAUGGCAGAUGGUACCAGGUACCAUCCUCCUGCCAAGGGGAUAGCUGCAGUUUUAAUGCUUGUUAGAAAAAUCCCUGAACUCCCAAAGUGUGCUCAUGCACCGUGUGGAUUAUACAGGUUUACCUGCAAGCAGCUUGCUUGGAAACCACCUGCCAGCUUGCUUUGAAAGGAUCAUGACCGUAAUUGGGGAUUGCUGGCUGGAGCAAUGGCAUGUCAGGCAAUAGCAGAGAUGUUGCUCCUGCCUGGAUGAGGAGCAAUGAAGGUACCUGAGUUCCCUAUAGGAAUUAUUCCCAUUGGGAACAGCCAUGGGAGGCUCUCUGUGAGCCAGGAGCACCUGCUGUACCACCCGACAUCCUCUGCAGUGGCUCGGACACAAGCGCUGAACCAAACUCCCGGGUCACCGACCAAACAUGACCAUUUUCCAUGGUGACACAGCUCAGACAGCUCCCAGCUGUUUGCUCACCGUUGUUUAACCGGGAACAAUAAAACCCAUAAUUGCCAGUUGAUGUCUAAACAAGAACUCGGCUCUGGAAGGGAAUUCAUUACAAACUGGAAUGAAAGCUCUGCACGCUGCCACUUCCCAAAGGCAUUUUGGAGGGAUAUGCCUGGAUAGGCACCUCCACCCUGCAGAGGAAUAAGUUGGCUGGAGGGCUGCCAAGCAAGCCCCCACCUUCGCCACUGUUUGGAAACUGGAUUCUCAACCAUUAGAGGCUGAUUUUAACCUCUUCUGCAUUGGCAGAUCCUGCUCUGCACCCCUACUUGCUGCUGCUGCUGAGAUGGGACCUAAAAUACUGAGUCCAGCUUGGGCUCUCUAGUCCAAAAGACAUGGAGAAACUGGAGAGGAUCUGGUGAAAGGACAUCAUGGUGGCCACGGGCAAAAGCCUGUGAUCUACAAGGACAGGUCAGGGAGCUCAGUUUGUUUAUUCUUGAGAAGGGUCUAAGGGACAAUCUGAUGGCAGCCUACAACAACCCUUGGGAAAACUGCAGAGAUACAGAUCUAAACUCUUCUUAGUAGAAGAAAGUAUACAUGGAGCAACUUGUUGCAGCUUGGGAGGUUCAGGUUGGACACUAGAUAAAAAUCCCACUGGGAGGGAGCUGCAGCUCUGGAACAGGUCACAUAAGUUGGGGUUUCUCCAUCCCCAGGGGCUGUCACAUCUUGGCUGGGCAAAGCCAUAACUGAUGUGAACUACUGUUGGUUUCAGUCCUGCCUGGAGCAGAAGGUUGGACUAGAUGCUCCUUCCAACCACCAUCUGUGUGAUUUUAUGACCCUAGGACAUGCCGUGGUUUAGGGUUCUGGAUGCUGCUUAGAUACUUCACAACAGUUAGCUAGUUUGCAUAAUAUUAAAAAAAAAUCCCAGCCAACAACCCUAAAUCAAAUUUACCUCCCUGAAGGUGCUCUCACUCUAAAUCAAACAUUAAUGUAAUUUAGAAAGAGCAGGAAGGCUUCACAGAGUAAUUUGAGGACAUUGUUAUCAUGUAACAUGCGCAUCAUCUGACUGUUCUGUGGUUGUGAAACAUAUGACCUUAUGCAUGCAGAACAGCCGGUGUUAGCGGCAGCGGGGAGCGAUUUAACCUUGUGUUGGAAUGGUGCUGACUUGUAGCACGUCAGAUUUAUGACUUACGAUACGAUCCGAGGGGAUUGCUUUUGCUUUAAUGGUCUUGCUUCCUGUUUAGAAAGGUGACCUUAGGGCCUGCUGGUAAUGAAGCUGCAUAAUUACACAUAGAUUGUUAUUUAAAGUUGCCUCAACUAUUUAGGAAAAAAAAAAAAGACCUUUUUUUUUUUUUUUCCUGGGUGUUGUCCCUACAUUAAUUUCCCUGGUUAUCGAGAAUCUGACUUAAUGAACUUCCAAUUUACAUGUUUAUAAUAUGUCUCUGGGAGGGUUACAAUAACCUGGGCAACACCAGUGCCUUCCCCAAGUGGGAUUCAAGGUUGUUGUGGGUUAUGUAUGGGAGAAACGUGGUGUUGUUCCUAUGCCCCAAGAUAAUUAUUUUUCUCUGACGGUUGAGACACAUCAGCCUCCAAAAAAAGACCCAAACGUGCUUUGUACCAGAGACCUAAAUGACUAUCUGGGAGUGUAAGGGUACGACACACAACUGGAAGCACUGGCCUCCCCUGGAUGCUAUCAGCCCUACCUUCAUCCCUACUCUUGGGAGCUCCUACUCUCUGGAGGACUUCUAGGCAUUAAUUGUGACAGCAAAGAGCGAGCCUCUGUCUUCUUGAAUAAAGGUGGCCUGUGUGGUGGGGACUGUGUUGCUUAGUCUGAGUUUUGUCGGGAGACUUAUCAUCUGAGCUAAGAGGACGGUGCUCACCUCGGUGCCUUGCAUUGGCACUUCUCCCAGCCCCGAGUCAAUGCAGCUGCCUUCUCCCUCUGUCCGCUGAACGCUUGCACAGCCCCGAGCCACCACCAGCAACUCCUGCUUCGUUAUAAUACUACUGACACCGCGUGAUUAUGUGAUUUCGGGUUAUUCUUUAAACCCUGCUGCUUCCCAGCUUGUGCUCAGUCUUGGUCGCCUGCUACCGUGCUGGUUGGUGCUUGACAAACAACCGUGUAGAUCUUCACGUCUUUUCAUUACCUAGGAGGCGAGCAAGUCAGAUUAGUACAGAAAUGAGGUUUUGAUUUGAUCACCUCUGGUCGUUUGAAAGCUCAGUGAAUUGUUUCUGUUUGCUGACACGUUACUGAGCUCAUCUGAUGGCAGGGAAUGAUGCUUAUUAAAGAGGUGACCGAUAAACACAGGAAUAUGUGUUGAUCAUAAUGCCUGUUGGGUUGAAUUUGGACAACCCUUAGUUCUUUAUCACUCUUCCCUCUGAUAAAUAUUUUGGAAUGUGUCAGGACAAAGCACAAUAUUUUUGCUGGAUAUUUUACUCAGAAAAAAAAAGAGGAGAUUUUAUAAUAUGAACUGAACUCUGUUGUUUUAGUCACAAACAGAAAAAAUCCAAACUUAAUUUUUU